AUGCCUAACUACACUCUCCAUUACUUCAAUGGCCGCGGCCGUGCCGAAAUCCUCCGUAUGAUGAUGGCCAUCGCUGGCGUCAAAUACAUGGACAAGAGAUAUGAAUUCUCCGACUGGGACCGCUGCAGGAAUGGUGAGGAAUUCAUCUAUCUAUCUAUCUAUCUAUCUAUCUAUCUAUCUAUCUAUCUAUCUAUCUAUCUAUCUAUCUGUCUGUCGCAGUCUGCCUCAGCUAUAUCCCAGUAUAAUAUCUAUCUAUCUAUCUAUCUAUCUAUCUAUCUAUCUAUCUAUCUAUCUAUACCAAACUAUUUCAGCUAUAUCUCAGUGUAUUUCUUUCUUUUUUUUCUAUCUAUCUAUCUAUCUGUCUGUCGCAGUCUGCCUCAGCUAUAUCCCAGUAUAAUAUCUAUCUAUCUAUCUAUCUAUCUAUCUAUCUAUCUAUCUAUCUAUACCAAACUAUUUCAGCUAUAUCUCAGUGUAUUUCUUUCUUUCUUUCUAUCUAUCUAUCUAUCUAUCUAUCUAUCUAUCUAUCUAUCUAUCUAUAUCAAACUAUUUCAGCUAUAUCUCAGUGUAUUUCUUUCUUUCUAUCUAUCUAUCUAUCUAUCAUUCUAUCACAGUUUGUUCGUAGCUAUAUUCUAA